GCCUCGGCCGGUCAAGGGGGAGGUGCCUCCUUUUGGCGGGCGGCCGCGCGCGGGGCGCGCCGGGAGUUGUAGUCCGGCCCCACAGGCCCCUCAGCGGCCGCGCGCGGGGCACGCCGGGAGUUGUAGUCCGGCCCCACAGGCCCCUCAGCGGCCGCGCGCGGGGCGCGCCGGGAGUUGUAGUCCGGCCCCACAGGCCCCUCAGCGGCCGCGCGCGGGGCACGCCGGGAGUUGUAGUCCGGCCCCACAGGCCCCUCAGCGGCCGCGCGCGGGGCGCGCCGGGAGUUGUAGUCCGGCCCCACACGCGGCGCCGGCAGCGGGAGCGGCACCGGGAGCGGGAGCGGCGGCGGUGCGGGCAUGGCGGGGCUGGAGCUGCUGUCGGACGCCGGGUUCCGGGCGGACGGGCGCCGGCCGGACGAGCUGCGCAAGGUGCGGGCCCGGCUCGGGGUGCUGGCGCGGGCCGACGGCUCGGCCUACCUGGAGCAGGGCAACACCAAGGUGCUGGCGGCCGUGUACGGCCCGCACGAGGUUCGGGGGUCCCGGGCCAAGGCCCCCCCGGACCGGGCCCUGCUCAGCUGCCGCUGCAGCUCGGCCCCGUUCGCGGGGGGGGGCGAGCGGCGCCGCCGGCCCCCCCAGGGCGGGGGCGACCGCCGGUCGGGCGAGCGAGCCCUGCUGCUGCGGGGCGUGCUGGAGGGCGCCGUGCUCAGCCAGCUCUACCCCCGCUCCCAGAUCGACGUGCACGUCCAGGUGCUGCAGGCGGACGGGGGCGAGCUGGGGGCCAGCGUGAGCGCGGCCGGGCUGGCCCUGCUGGACGCGGGCGUGGCCCUGCGCGGGGCCGUGGUGGCCGGCUCCGCUGGGCUGGCCGAGCCCCCGGCCGGGCCCCCGGUGGCCCUGAGCGACCUGAGCGCGGCCGAGGAGGCGGCCGGGGGCCCGCGGCUGGUGGUGGCCACGGUGGCGGGCAGCGGGCGGCUGGCCCUGUGCCAGCUGAGCGCCCGGCUGCACCAGGAGCGGCUGCGGCCGGUGCUGGACGCGGCCCAGGCCGCCUGCCGGGGGCUGCACGCCGUGCUGGACGGCGUGGUGAGGGCCAGGCUGCGCCAGGACACGGCCAUGGAGCAGUGACCAUCAGAGUGACCGCCCCGGGACACGGCCAUGGAGCAGUGACUGACCACAG